AUGUCUGGAACUGAAAAACUAAAAUUAUUUGUCAUUGGUAAAGCAAAGAAGCCUAGGUGUUUUAAAGGAAUUAAAUCUUUACCAGUUGACUAUAGGUCAAAUAAAAAGGCUUGGAUGACUUCGUCAUUAUUUAGUGAGUGGCUUUUAAAUUUUGAUAGAAAAAUGAAACUAGAAAAUCGAAAAGUUCUACUAUUCAUAGAUAAUUGUACAGCUCAUAAUCACGAUAUUGAAUUAAGUUCCAUUAAAGUACAUUUUUUACCACCUAAUACAACACCUAUACUUCAGCCCAUGGACCAAGGCGUUAUACAGAAUUUCAAAAUGUUUUAUAGAAAAGAAAUAAUCAGACAGUUUUUUCUGAUAAGGCUUGGAGAAGCCUCGUUAGCCAAUUUUGUUGAGACCACUACAGGUAUGGAUGAUAAGGCUUUUUCUGCAUUAAAUAAUUUGGAAGACGUCGUGGCAGAAAGAAGUAAUAUGAAGCAAACCUUAAUAACAGAUUUUUUUAAAGAAAAAUAA